AGACUUUACGGGCUGUCAGUGAACCCGACCUCCGAGCCGGAUUUACCAGUGAGAGGUUCAGCUUGAGGGAAGUAUGGAGGAUGAUGAACUUCCGACAGAGGAUGGGCUGGGUGGGCGUGGCUCUUUACCUUCUGCUCAGCAUCAUGGCAGCUUUUUAUGUCUUCGAGGUGGUCAGCCUUGAGCGCGUGCAGCGAGACGGCAUCGACUCUUUGGCUCUGCCCCCUGCCGUCCUCGCCCACCUGCCGCCGCUUCCUCCGUGGACGUGGGCGUUGAUCUUCCUGGUGCCGUACCUGCAGCUCUUCCUCUUCUUGUUCUCGUGCACGAGAGCCAACCCCCACGCCGUGGGGUACUGUGUACUUCCUGUCUGCAUCGUCCUGCUGUGGAGCCGCUGGCACGUCACUAAACCAGCCAGUCACAGAGCUGGCCUGCUUCUCCACAUGUAGACACGGACAUGAUGUCACUUCCUGUGUGCCUUUCAACAGACGAGCCAAGACUUGAACUUUGCGCUGCCCUCAGAAUGGACUGUCAGGAUCCACCGUGCACUGCAGCUGUCUAUCACACUGCCAACCAAUUAGAGACCAGUGUUUUCAGAUAGUUUUUACUGUAUUUAGUGACACGAGACACUGGUUACCACUGAAACUUUAUUAUAACAAAUAAAACGAAUACACAAAAA